CACAAAGAAACUUAAAUAGUCUUUUAAAAACUACGAAAACCAAAAGUAUAACAAUAACGCAAUCCAAUCUUUCAGAACGAUCACAACUGCGCAUUUAGAGUGCCUGUUUCAAGCUAAAUGUCACUAUUGUAGCCUACUCACUCGUGCCUCCUUUAUGUUCGCAGUGCGCAUGACGUUAUCACUGCAUCUGCAAGCAGCACGCGCACCCAAAAACGCGCAGUGAUGCACAUAUAGCGUUUUAUUUUCCUAUUACAGCAUGUCUUAAGUAUCGGCAGCCGGGAUCCAAGCUCAUACGAUACCUGACAAACAUGGAGAAAGGGAACCAAGGGAUUUCUCAUUUUGAUCACUUUCUCCAAAGUCAAGAAUCAUCCGUGGUCAACAAGUUCCAGCAGAAAUACUGGAAAACCAAGCAAACACUGAUUAAAGUCACAGGAAAGAAGGAAGAUGAGCAUGUUGUUGCUUCCGAUGCUGAUCUGGACGCUAAACUGGAGGUGUUUCAUUCAGUACAGAGAACGUGCAUGGAGCUCCUUAAGGUGAUUGAACAGUAUCAAAGGAGAAUCAGCCUUUUGUCCCAGGAGGAGAAUGAACUGGGUCGGUUCCUGCGUUCACAGGGCUCUCAGGACAAAAGCCGUGCUGGAAAGAUCAUGCAAGCUACUGGGAAAGCUCUCUGCUUCUCUUCACAGCAGAGGCUGGCGCUGCGAGGUCCACUGGGCCGUCUGUACCAGGAGGUGGAGACGUUUCGUUACCGAGCCAUUUCUGACACGUGGCUGACGGUGAACAGGAUGGAGCAGUCACGGACCGAGUACAGAGGAGCUCUGCUCUGGAUGAAGGACGUUUCUCAGGAGCUGGACCCCGACACACACAAGCAGAUGGAGAAGUUCCGUAAGGUUCAAACUCAGGUGCGUCAUACCAAGACAAGUUUUGACAAACUGAAGAAUGAUGUGUGUCAGAAGGUUGAUCUGCUCGGAGCCAGUCGCUGUAAUCUGCUCUCACACGUUCUGACAACCUAUCAGACCACAUUGCUACAUUUCUGGGAGAAAACCUCUCACACUAUGGCUGCUAUUCAUGAGAGCUUCAAAGGCUGCCAGACUCAUGAGGCUUCAGCGCUGGGGGCUUCAGAUCAAGCUGCAAAGAAAAAAGUAAAGAAGAAAACGAAGGCAAAAGCAGAAGACGAGGAGACGAGUCAGAAUACAGAUGAAACGCUUAUUUCAAUUGAAGAAGAAACUCUGAGCAGUAACCUCAUGCGAACAGGUAAAGCUUUCAUGAAAGCGUGAGUUUUAUCCACAGAUGAAGAGAAGUU